AUGUCGAACGAGCUCCAACGGCCCGUCGACCAUGGCCAGGAUGUCUACCGCAACCGCUUCCCGACCCUGUUUGAAGUGUUGAGCCGCAAGACGGUUGCGCCGCUCGACCUGUUCUCCUUCUACAUCUACAUGCGCGACCAGCAGCGCUCGGUCGACUACCUGGACUUCUGGCUCGACGUCUCCCAGCACCUGCAGCUGUGCCGUCUGUAUGUAAGACGCCUGCACAGGAGCUUGGUGGAAGACACCCCGGAGAUUGAAAAGGCGUCGAAGCGCUCAUCUUACAUGCAAACCUUUGACGAUGCAGGCGAGGGCCCGUCGAACGAGAAGGACAUGGACGACCAGCGCCUCUCGGCAUUCCUUAGGUCGGACCGCCCGAGCAGGAACCACUCGCCGCAGAACAGCCAGGGCAGCAACCAGAGCCACGAACCUCCGCGCCCCAGUUUUGCCAUGACUCCCGGCGACUCCAGCUCGCCGGGCCAGAUAUCCUCCGCUGACAACACGCAGCCGCGCAGAGAGGACCUGCGCGCAUCGGCUGAAAAGAUUCUCUACACGUAUCUGCUGCCCGGAUCGGAGAGAGAGAUUAUCAUUCCGCAGAGCAUCCUCAACGACGUGCAAAAUGCCAUAGAAGGGCCGGAGCAGCGAUCGGACCCGGAGUUGUUUGACCAAGCUAAGGACUACGUCUUCCAAGCAAUGGAGCGCGACGCUUACCCGGGAUUUCUGCAGAGCAAAGGUCUCGGCAACCUCGUGCCGCAAAGUAUGAUGAUCCGGCUCAUAGUAGGACUGGUCAGCUUCUUUGCGGCCGUGUGGACGGCGUUUGUUCUGAUCUUCCUCGACAUGUCUCGAUCGACGAGAUGCUGGCUCAUCCUUCCCUUCUUCGUGGCCAUCUAUCUCAUCAUCACACACCAGUACAUGCUCGACCCGCUGCUCGCCCUGGCUGGGUACAGCGAGUACACGCUCUUCGACUUCAACAAGAUCAGAGAGAAGUUUGUGCAGAAGACGCUCAACCGCCGGGCCAUGACGGUGCUAGUGCUGUUCGUGGUGGUGCUGACGGCGGUGUGCUGUCUGUUUAUCUUCGUUCCUGGGAAACGGCUGUGA